GACUGGAAAUAUCUGACUGACACUGAGUCACAAGUUGCCGCAAGAACUUCUUGACUGCUGUCCAUCUCUCCCGGGAAGACUGACCGCAGAAUAUAGGAGAGUCAGAGAGAAGCGUGUUUCUGAGUGCCAUUAUGCUAUGGCAUCUCUGGGCGGCUCCUUUGUGCAAAUCAAAUCCGAUGACAUCCUCUUCUACGAGAACUGUGGCGGCGGGAGUUUCGGGAGCGUGUAUCGCGCCCGCUGGCUCUCGCAGGAUAAAGAGGUGGCGGUGAAAAAGCUUCUGAAGAUUGAAAACGAGGCAGAUAUUUUAAGUGUUCUCAGUCAUCGAAACAUUAUCCAGUUUUAUGGAGCGAUCCUGGAAGCUCCCAACUAUGGAAUUGUUACAGAGUAUGCCAGUGGUGGAUCUCUGUUUGACUAUCUGUCCAGUGCCGAGAGUGAAGACAUCAGUAUGAAGCAGAUUAUGACCUGGGCCAUGGACAUUGCUAAAGGCAUACACUAUCUGCACGCUGAGGCCCCGUUUACUGUCAUUCACAGAGACCUCAAGUCCCGAAAUGUUGUGUUGACAGCAGAUUCAGUUCCCAAGAUCUGUGAUUUUGGGGCGUCUAAGUUUCACUCUCACACCACCCACAUGUCUCUGGUGGGCACAUUUCCCUGGAUGGCCCCUGAAGUCAUCCAGAGCUUCCCUGUGUCUGAGACCUGUGACACUUACUCUUACGGAGUGGUCCUGUGGGAGAUGUUGACGCGUGAAAUUCCCUUCAAAGGUCUGGAGGGUCUGCAGGUGGCCUGGCUGGUGGUGGAGAAGAACGAGAGGUUGACGAUUCCCAGUUGCUGCCCAGCCAGUUUCGCCUGUCUGAUGAGAAGCUGCUGGGUGACGGAACCAAAAGACAGGCCGCUGUUCAAACACAUCCUUUCCAAGCUGGAGUCCAUGUGGAACGACAGUCAGUUACCGGAUGAGUGCAACACGUUCCUGCAGAAUAAAGCAGAGUGGAGGUGUGAGAUCGAGGCGACUCUGGAACGUCUGAAGCGGUUGGAGAGAGAUCUGAGCAGCAAAGAACAAGAGCUGAAAGAAAGAGAGAGACGGUUAAAGAUGUGGGAGAGAAAACUCAUCGAGCAGUCUAACACACCGCUUCUUCCAAACCUGGCGAUCCACUCCUGGACAGAAGAACAUGUGCAUUUCUGGAUGGAGCAGAUCUUUGAAGGUGAUGGAGAGCUGCAGCAGUACGCUGAGGUCUUCAUGCAGAAUCACAUCACAGGACAGAGACUCCUGCUGCUGUCUGAGAGUGACAUGAGGGAUCUGGGUGUGACGUCCAAAGGACACAUCAUACAUCUGAAGACCGAAAUUGAGAAACUCACCCACGACUACCUGAGUCUGUUCCACUUUCCUCCGUUGAUCAAGGAUGGUUUGGCCACUGAAGAAGAAGACGAGGAGUGGAGCAAGACUGUAAAUCUGGAGUUAGUGUUUGGAUACCACUGGAAAGCAGGCACAGGCAACACGGACUGCAAAUGGAAAAUGUACAUGGAGCUUGAUGGGGAUGAGGUGGCGAUAACAUACAUCAAAGACGUAACCUUUAAUGCUAACAGACCAGAUGUAGAUGUAUUAAAGAUGACCAAGCCUCCGUUUGUCAUGGAUAAAUGGAUAGUCGGAAUAUCUGGCACUCAAUCUGUAGACUGCAUAGUAAACUAUGAGGGUAACGUGAGAUCUCCGAAGUGCACGAGACAUGUGCACACACUGCGGUGGAGUCCCGACAGCGGGAGAGAUGUGAUCAAACCAGUAGAGCUGCUCAUCGAGACGGCCGCGAGCCUCAGGGAAGGUUACAACAGAAGCAGGUCCAACUCAGGUGUUGAUCCCAGAUGGAUUUACAGCCUGAGAAUGAAGCAGAUGAGAGAACAAGCUACCCAGGAGUCCACAGUCAAGAUGACCCUACCUCAGUUCCUGUCGGUCAUCACCAACCAAUCAUCGUACGCCGCUGCGUUGAGGAAGUCGCCCAAUCGCAGCCCUCGCACGCCAUGGACCGACUCGCGGAGUUCCUCUCCCACUCUUUCUGUCAAACUCUCCAACAUCCACCUGGGGUCGAAGGGCAGCAGCCCGUCCAGCACGACGUCUGAGAGCGCCUCCGAGCGAGAGCGCCCCCCUAGCGCCGGAGCUAAACACAACUACAACAGAAAAACCUACUACGACCACACGCUUAAGAUCACUGGAGGAGGACGAGGAGACGGAGAAGCCAGGAGGUUUAAUCAGAUGACACAGAGAGGAUCCAGAGGUUUCCAACAGGCCGGGCGGCCACGAAACAGCUCUUACGCAACUCCAUCCAACCACCAGCGGCCAAUACCGGGGAUGUCAAUCGUCACUGAAGUGGUGAAGCAGAAAGGGGCGUCUGAAGAGGCCGGGGCCGGUGAUGAUGAUUGGAUUAAAGUAGAAAGAAAGAAGUCUAAUAAACAGGAACAUAAACAUCAGGAAGGAAGGCAGGCCAGAAACCGGCCACGGAGAGGAGGCAGGGGAGGGGGGCGUGGACGAAGUUGAGUGUUUAUUCUGGUAGAAGGGAUAAUGAAUCAGGUUUGAUUCACAGUAUGGGCUGAACGGGGACCUGGUUUUAACCAAAGAAAGCACUUAAAUCUAGUUGUGCACAUACAGGGCUUAGAUUAAACCAGGAUUAUGCCUUAGUUCAAAUAGGGCAUUUAAGUAGCUUUUAUAAGCAUGCCUUAGAAAAAAACAUUACUUGUGUGCAUCUUGAGACACAACAAUGCCACUGACAUAUUUUAAGAUACGUCAGUGCAAGUUGCCUUUAAUUGAAACAGCUCAAACAUGCAUUUAGUCUGUGAAAGCGUGGGAUAGUGUAUUGUAAAUAAAAUAAUCUUUUGAAAUUGACAUUGAUUGAGGGCAAAAGUUCACCAUGAAAUGGAUAUACUGAUCUUAAAUGUCAUGAAUUAUUAUGCUGUUCCUGAAAAAGGCCCAUUUUCUUAGCUUUUUUUAAAAGUUGAUAUUCCCUUAAGGCUUCAACUUGAAUUUGCCUCUCUUGUGAUUUUA